AUGAACUUUUUUUGCUUAUUAUUAUCUUUAUGUAUUAUCCAUAAAGCUAUAUCGCUACGACUUUUCGACGACCACGAAUUUGUCAGAAUCAUCCUGCAACUUCAAGAUUGCCUUUCAAAUAUGUCAUCUAUUUACACAAUGUGUCUUUACGAUAACACCGAAUUUCAGAUUACGCGAGUUGACCAUAACCCUAUUGACUUGGAAACGAAUGAUGCAUUGCUAUCUGACUGCAUUGACAAAGUCUCAAGUAAUUACACGAUACAAACUGAUCUUGAGGCGAUUCUAGCAACAGACGACUUUGAAGAAACCUCAGACGUAAGCUACACAUCUGCUUCUGGUCCAUUCGGUCAUUAUGAAUGGGGGUCACUGGCUGACAUUGAUACCAGUCACACCAACUCUUCACAGAUCAUCAAUGGGAAUCCUGUAUUAAUGUCCAUACACUGUCAUUGGGAUAGUGGCAGUUGUGGUAGUGGAUUUAAUACUAUGCACCAUGUACAAGGUAAAUGCUACACCCACGUUUGGAAUGAUAUGGCAAGAUCAUUCUAG